AUGGCACAUCAUAUUCCACCACUUAAUUUUGGUAUGGUAGCAGAUGAUUUAUAUAGAUCAGGUCAACCAAACGAAUUAAAUUUCCCAUUUUUAGAAAAAUUACAAUUAAAAAAGAUUAUAUUUCUUGCCCCUGAUGAUCCUUCACAACAAUUUCAAAAUUUUGUAGAAGAUCAAGAUAUAGAAUUAAUACAUUUAGGUAUGGAUACUCAUCAAAAUCCUUGGAAUCCAAUAUCAGAAGAGAUUGUAAUUUCAGCAUUAAAGAUUAUAUUGAAUCCAGAUAAUUAUCCACUUCAUAUUAUGUGUAAUUUAGGUAGACAUAGAACAGGUACUGUAGUUGGUUGUUUAAGAAAGUUACAACGUUGGAAUUUAACAUCAAUCUUUGAAGAGUAUAGAAGAUUUGCAGGAAGUAAAGUGAAAUUAUUAAAUGAACAAUUUAUAGAACUUUUUGAUACUGAUUUAGUUACAUAUAAUAAUGCACCUCAAUGGCUUUAUUUAAGUUAA